AUGCCCUCGAAUGUCGCCGGGCCGUGGACUUUCUCGGCUCCGCGGUCCAGCAUCUUCUCUGGUUGAAUAGCGGCGACGUAUCGCAUUCCGGACGCCUAUGUUGAAUCCCGGCCAGUCCACUUUGGACUUGGACGCCGGUUUCGCUGCCUGAACGCCGUUCGCGAGUGUUGACCGCCGGAACAUUGCGGAUCCUAACCGUUGGGAUGGAGACGGAGAUGUAGGACCCCCGGAUGGAUGCUCGCCGGGCACCACCGGUAAACCUAGCACCAUUCGCGACCGGUAAAGCCGGAGAGAGAGAGAGAGAGGGUCAAAGCUUACCACUAGUAAAACAAAUACAAAAGGGCAAAAAUGAAAAAGAUCUGGAAAAGGGAGAAAUAUUCGGGGAUAAACUGGGAGCCGGGUAGAUCAAUCUAUACCGAAGUAUUUACAUGAACCGGAGGGGUUGGUUUCAUUUAAGAGGAAUGAUGGACAGAAGAAGAGCCCCAGUGAAUGAGAACCCGUGCAUGCUAUCCUGGGUCACUGCGUCCGUAAUAAAUUAACAAAUUGACGGCCGUGUAGUCGGUUCAAAGGCCCGAUAAAAAAAGAAUCGGCAAAGGGCCCGUCAACUUUUGACGGGGACGUUUCUUUUUCGUACUAUGAAUGUAGUACUCCACUUUGACCGUCGUCGGCAACUGAUAAUUUCGGAUAGUGACGUGUCUGUUAUGUGACUUACUCAUUGUAUAUUAAAUCAUAUAAAUUUAAAAUUUAUAAAACUAGAAAGUAUUAAUUUUAGAACUUUUAGAAUUAUAUCCACAAAAAUAAAUAAACGGCUCCAAAGCUAGUAGAAAAAUUUCAAAUUGAUCAUAAUGGUGUAACAUAAUGUUAAGAAAAAAUUAAUAAUUUUUAUUAAAUAAUAUGUUUUAAUAUGAUUUUUGAACUAAAAUAUUAUAAGAAAAUCCUUUUAAAAUUUAGAUAAAGAAGAAAAUUCGUGCGCUUACUUCAGGCAUUAGUCACUACCGCUCGAAUGCUGAUUUUGGAGAAAUGGAGUUCUGCUCAAUAAUUAUUGUGUAAGUGAUUUCAAAAGUUUAGGUCAAUGUGAUCUAAAUUUGUAAGCACCAAAUGAAUUGUAAUGAACUAAAAAAUAGUUUUCAAACUUAAAUUUAAGCAGACGAUUGUUAAUCUAAAGAUUAAAUGAGUUUCAAUAAGGAAAAUAAAGUAAUGACAUCGCAAUAGUGAUCGUCUAAAUUUUCGAUGUUCAAAAGGUUUCUUAAUAAUGUCAAUGGUCUCAAAGGUUAUCUUUAAAUGCGCACAAUGUGAGCACUCUCUCGAUUUUCAUGCAAAGUCCAAGAAGCAAAGAUAAGUGGUGGUAAAGUUUCUCUCAUGACUGUCACCUAUAGAGUUGAGCUUGAUGGAGGUGGAGCAUGUAUUAGGGAGCUUCAUCUUUAGGUCCUCAAAGUGAGAUGAGGCUCUUGAUUACAUUCAAAACACUCUAUGGAGAUUACAACAAAUCUCUUAACGGAUUCUUUUGCCGUUAACAAUGGCUUAUUUGUUGACCAACAUGUAAUGAUUUUCCUUUAAUAAUUCAUGAUUUUGCUAUCUAGAAUCUUUAUUUAGUUGCUAAAGAUAAUCAUUGAUUAUAACUAAUGAAAAUUUUGUCAAUGAUUGACAAAAUCUAUCUAGUACUUGUUAUGUUAACUAUUUCUUUACUGAAAUAUUACAUAGUUAAAAUAGAAGAAAACAUAAAUUUUGACAUCGAUGAGAUUCGAACCUCUACUGAUCACUUGGUUACAUAAGUAAUGGUAAAAAACAUUCACUUAUACCAUUGAAAUAGUGAAAAUAUGAGAGUUUAACCUUCUCUUUAUAUAUGGGCAUUUUUGGCAUUAUCUUAGCCAACAAGAAUAGCUGAUAAUUUAGUCCCACAUUAAUUGUUUCAAAGAGUUUUGGAUGUAUAUAAGUUUGGGUGCUCUUAUACAUACAAGUUCCUUUUCCCAUAAACAAAAUGGCUAGAACCAUCUAGGGGAAGGCUAAAUCGGGUGGUCCACCCACAAGUACACACGUGUGAUGAGAUUAUACCUUGCCCCCAUACACCAAUUUGACUCAAGUGAUGUGGAAGGUGAGUGACACACUUUAUAUGGGUUCCUUGAGCCACUUGAGUCCAGCUCACGGUUUCGUUCAAUUUGGGUCUACCCCCUUGAGCACAAUGCCCUUUGGGUCAAUUAUUGACUACCAAUUGGCGAGCAAGUUGCCCCAUUUUUAAUAUGUAUUUAUUUAUUUUAUUUUUCUUUAUUUAAAUAUGAAAACAUGAAUAUAAAAAUCACAUAAUUAAAGAUAAAUUCAUAAUAAUGUAAAAACUAUUUUUCUCAAUUUAAAGUAAAUUAAGUUAUUUUUCAUGAGUUAAUGUAUAAAAUAUAUUAUUAAACUAACUAUCAAACUCAUGAUAAUAAAUACUUAUUACACCUGCUAACUUGGAUCAUUACUAGCGACUUAGCAAUGUUUUAUCAUUAAAUCAUUCCUUCAAAACAUGUAUUCUAAUUUUUUCCUUAAAAACUCAUUCUUAAAUCUUAAAUCACAGCCAUUAUAAAAGGUAAAAUCAUUAACUCUACAAUCCUUGAAUAUAAGUAGCACCAUUAUACCCCAAAAUGAAUACUCACAUUUUAAUGUUAGAAAGAAUUGUUUAAAGUUGAUGAAUCAUCACAUGGUUCAAAAUCACAAGAUACAAUUUGAAAAGAGUUAUAGAUCUUUGUGUUUUACACUCCUCGAAAUGACAUACUUGAUCUAAUUUAGCCUUGUUUAUGAAUUCAGCCUUCCUCUAAUUCGUAGUCAUCCUCCCCCUAUUUGUCUUAAAUAACCAUCUAGUACCUAGAUUCAUCAUCCAAUCCACAUUCUAACUUUUGGUCAUGGGUUUGAAGAUUACAUCUCCUCUCUAAUUGGUUUGCAUGGGAUUACAAGUAGAAGAUAGAAUAUGAGAAUUAAUUUUCACUUCCCCUUUUUAUGACAUAUUUUUGUCCUCUUCUUUUCUUUUUCUUUGUUCUUCUCUUUGUCUAUGUCCACUAUCUAAGAAUCUACGUGUUAUUACACUCUACUAGAGCAAUUGUUCAACAAAUGUACUGUUGAUUAUUGGGCUCAACCCAUUGAGAAUUUCACCUCAAAACUCUUUUCUAAAUUUACAGCUCUAGAAGGUCAAUAGUUUAUUACAAGCUUCAACUCUUUUGAAUGAUUAAACAUCAAUUUAAUCAUUAUUUUUUCCCCAAAAGUAUUAUAUAGUAUUUCACCAUGUAUUAUUUUUGGAUGAAGGCAUUGACUUAGGACAAGUUUGGAAACUUGAUGCAGAAGAUGAUGGUAAAGACACAAUUCUUGCUAUCCUCUUCCUAUAAGGAAGUUGACUGGAUGUAAAAAAAGUUAUUGGCUUAAAUUGAAUUCCUUGACUCAUCUUCUUGUUUUUUCACUAGCAAAGAAAAGCUCUUGAAUCCACAUAGAAUGUUUUUUGUAAAAUGCCAACAAGAAUUUUGAGAUGGUCAAAAGUGAUGAAUUAGAACACAUUAACUACUGAAGAGGUGUUAAUUUAUAAAGAGACUUCAUUGAAAAACUCUCAUAUUGUCUUUAGUUGCAAUAUAUUUAAAUUCUAAAGCUAUUUAAAUAUUUAAAUGACUGAAAGGUAAUAAUACAUGAACUAUAGACUUCAAAUAUCCUCUGAAAUAAAUCAAUACAUGCUACCACUAAAUACAAAAAUAUAUUUUUGAAGCUUAUCAAUUUGACUAAGUCCAAUAAAGAUUAGUUAACAUCAAAAUAUAAUUGAUAAUAAAUCUCAAAAUAAACUAAUGAGUUAAGAAUCAAAAUUUAUCCAAAUAAUCUCAAACGUAUUUUGAUCAUCUAGUAGACACAUUGAUCAUGAUCUCCAAAUAGAAAAUCAUAACUUCAAUGUUGUAAAAUAUUUAAAAUUAUUUUCAAAGUGAUAUUUAUUAAAAUUCAUAAAUAGUUGACUAGUAGUUGUUUGAUUCCAAUUCAAUAGAUUAAUUUGAUAUCCAGACUAUAUGAAAGUAAUGAUUUCUAAACAUGGGUAUUUGGUGUACUAAGUUAACUUUUAUACAGAUUUUAUCUCAUUAAUUCUCUCUGAUUAUGGAGGGCUAAUCAUUACUUUCCCACAUUCACAGUUUCUAUAAAUAUUAUGAAACAAUAAUUUCAAGUGGUAAAAUCUACUAAAUUUGGGAAUUAAAUAUUAUGAGAUUCACAUGCAUUGUUUGGGUUACUAUUUGAAUAUUUUUUAUUAAUACUCUAAAUUCAUUCUGAGUUUAUAUUCAUUUACAUAUAAACUCAUACAUAAAUAAUAGUUAUUUAUAAAUUAAGCACAUAGAUGUUAAAUAUAAAUUAAUAUUUUAAUUUAUCUCGUAGGUGUAUGUCAUUAUCAAAAUAUUAUAUAUUUAAUAUUCUAACAUAUUUAUUUCAAUGAGCCAAGAUAGAUAAUUCUAAGCCCAUCUCCACACCCAUUAAUACAUUAUUAAUACAUGUAAAUAUUAAUACUAUUUCCAACCAUGUAUAAUUUUAUUUAUAUAGAAGACAUGUGGAGGUUUUCAGGACCUUAAUAUUUUUCAUUCAUAUAUUGAAUUUGUAGUUAAUUGGACAUGUCAGUUCAUGUACGACCUACAGAUAAAUUAUCAAAUACAACAUGUAUUCUCUAAAGAAAGUUAUCAAACAUAGUUUACUUUGAUGGUACUUUAGUCUUUAACUUGGUACUUUAAAUAGUGCAAGUUAAGUUGGGUUUUGAUAGCGUUCAAUGAACCACAAACAAGUACCUUAUUUUCUUAAGGUACAACUUAUGUCAUUAAGAUGUAAGAAGUAUGUCCAAGUCUUAGAUCUGGCACCAAAGUAUAACACAAAGAUAGUUGCAGAUCACAUUAUAAAGUUAAUUUGGAUGUGUUCAUUUCUACAUUGACUUCAUAUUUUAUGUGUGAGUAACUGGUAUCAAAACAAAUCCUAGUAUUCUUGGUCUCCACAAAGGACUAAGAAGCAAAUAUUCUUACUAAAAGACUCUCAAGUAGUCUCUUCUUGAGAGAUCAUCACAAUAUGAUAUAUUAACUUGGUUUGAUUGGGUGUUGAUGCAGGACGGGACGAGAACUCUUGUACAUGAAACUCAAGACCCGUGAUGGGGCAGUCGGACCGAUCUGAUAAGAAUGUAUGGAUCCUAGACUCUAGGUCUGACCACCUAACCUAAGUACAGGCAGGCGUACCAAUAUGUACUAUCAACCUAGGACAACCCGGGAAACACUCGACAAUGGUAAGUGUGAGACCCUCUCGGUCUACAUCUGGACAGACGGCGGAACGGUUGUCGUGAAGUAGCCUAGGGCUGUAGCUCACAAACGGUGACGAGUCUGACGCAGCGUCAGAAGUCACGAUCCUAUAACCCGUCCUAUCCUAUCUACGUUCUCUAGAUGGCAGUGGAAAUGAGCCGAGAAAACCCUUCGAAAGAUAAUUAAACUUAAGUAAGAAGGGGGUACGGAGCUAACCUUCGGGGCUGCAUAGCCUGGUGGGUCGUGAUGGAGCAGAGACUCGACGUAAGUAGAGACGUCUGGUGAAGAGCGAUGCUCAGCGUCGACGAUUGGUCCUGGUCGAGAGCCGUAGUAGUCGUCGUCGUAAGGCGUGGUGUGGUCGGCGUGGGCGUGGGCCCACUGGUGGGCUGAAGGGCACGCUAGCGAGAGCGCACGGCAAGCUGCGUAGUGUGCCUUGGGCAUGUGGGCAGUGGCGCCAGGUGGGUGUGCAGGCCGUAAGAGCCGGCGCAGGGGGCACGUGCAGCGGCGGCGCUUCGGCGGGAAUGCCGAGCAUCGGUGGUUGGGCGAAAGCCCAACCGUCGCCGGAAGGAUCGGCCUUCUCUGGCAGCGUCAGGAAGUGGAGCAGAGGAAGGAGACGAUCCCGGCCGACGAUACCAAGGAGGGUUGAGCCCUCCUGGUCUAGGCGGCGCCGGAAACGGCGCGACGGCAGCAGAUCGUCGGGAAACUCCAGCGAGGGCCUGUGCAGAGCUUGGACUAGAUCUGGCUCAUCAGCACGGCUGCAGGGUCUCUCUUGACGUCAGCGGCAGGUAGGCGUUCGUUGGCGAACAGCCAGCGACUAGGCGGAGUGGCGGAUGGUGGCUCCGGCGAGUUUAUGGUGGAGUUCCAAAGGAAGAGGGGGUAGUCGAACUAGGAGUCAAUAGACUCCGGUGGAGUGCUCGGCGACGGCUUGUAAGGAGGCGAAGCAAGCCCCUUUCGUCACAACGGUGUGACAGGGUUCCAACAGAGGUGGCGGCGGUUGCAGCAGCAACCGCGACUGUUUCAUCCAGUGAAGGCAGCGAUCUCACAGGCGGCAAUGAAGAUGUCCGGUGGUGACAGUUGGUCUCAGGCGGUGGCGGGACUUCUUAGGCAGCAGCGUCACGAUGAACGAAGUCCUUAAAGGGUAUCGACGGCCUUCCUCUCCCUCCUUCCCUCCCUAUCCUAGGUCACGAUGAAGGUAACUCACAAACGAUAAUCUCUCACAAAAUUCGGCGCUUCUUGUUGAGGGGGGGUCCUACCUCCCCUUAUAUAGGGCCCACAAGUGGGCUAAGUGGAGGGGGGGCCACUUGAGGCCCUCAAGCCCAUAAGCCACAAAAAGGCUACAAAAGGGCUUAUUGGGCCUCUAAAAGAGAGAUCCAAUAAGCUCCCCUAAAAGGAGAAAGAGGAGGGCCCUCAUACGGUGCUUAAGUGGGCCUCAAAUGAAGACCUAAAUAAGCCCCAAAAGAGGCCCAAAAGGAAAGACACAUAGGUCCCCCCCCUUAGAGUUUUAAUUGGGCCUGAAAAGAGAGACCCAAUUAAACCAUAAAGAAAGGGAGACACAAACAACAACAUACACAUAGAAUUGGGCCCGCUAACACAAACGCGAGGCCCAACAAGUGUGAAAAUACAAAGAAAGAUAAGGGUGAGCUCGAGCUUGUCGUCGUCGCAGAGGUGGAAUGUCAUCGUCCCGAAGGGCUAGGCCGUGUAGCGAAAGCCAAGCUCCUUUGUCUUCGUGCGUCGAUCGGGCUGAACUCGAACUGCCGGUGUCUCCUGAGCUGAUGGAGAUGGGUCCCACUCACCAUCAAUCCUCUCGGGGUCGAAAGAACUUGACUCCGACAAGUUGGCAAGUGAGGAAGGCAAGGGCUCCAGCAGGUCUGGUCGUAGUCGCUCCAGGUCCGCCUCCAAAAUCCAAGCAUCGUCCUCCGACGGGCGACCCUGCCAACGUACUAGGAAUCUCUGUGAAACUCUAUCCCCUGUAAAGUCAAUUACCUCUUGAAGAAUCUCCUUGACUCGCUUGUGCCAAUCAGGAGGUAAAAUGGGGGAAGUGGACUCCAUGGCAAACUCUCUCACAAAGAAGGGGCCGAUAGAUGAGGGCUCGAUGUCAGAUGAAAGAGGUGGGGCUUGGUGCUACGCCAGAUCCGCCACGUUGAACAUGGAGCUAAUCCCCCACGAAGGAGGGAUGUCGACGGCAUAGGCAUUCUGGCCUAUCUAGGAAAGAACACGAAACGGGCCGGCGCUACGAGCGUGAAGCUUCGUAGCAGAGCUAGGAGCGUAACGUUUGGGCCUCAUCCUCACCAUAACUUGGUCUCCCACCUGGAAGAUCCGGGGUCGACGAUGCAUAUCGGCAGCCUGCUUGUACAAUGCAUUCUGACUCUGUAUCCUAUCGUGGAUGUCUUGAUGCAACUGACUAACAUGUUGGGCGAAUGCGACACCAUGCUCAGAAACUCUAACAUGAGGGUCCAAGGGUACUAGAUCUAGGGGCUUGCGGGGUGCUAAGCCCUGUGCGAUCUCGAAAGGGCUCAUGCCAGUGGUACAGUUGGUCGAGGAGUUAUAGGCAAACUCGGCGCAUGGUAUGAUCAAAUCUCAAGUGGUUAAGCUCUUGCCGACUAAUGACUGAAGUAGAUUCCCUAAGCUACAAUUGACAACCUCGGUCUGGCCAUCAGUCUAUGGAUGGUAAGUAGUAGAGAACUUGAGCUUAGUCCCAAGUAAGUUCUAAAGAGUCCUCCAGAAGUGGCUGGUAAACUGUAUGUCAUGGUCUAAGACUAUAGACUUGGGUAGUCCAUGAAGGUGCACAAUCUCUCUAAAGUAGAGGCUAGCAACCUUGGAGGCGUCGGAGGUUUUCGAACAUGACACGAAGUGUGCCAUCUUUGAAAACCUAUCGACAACCACCAUGAUCAAGUCGUGUCGUCGUGCAGUGCGUGGGAGUCCCAAAACGAAGUCCAUGCUGACAUCGUCCCAUGGGCGGGUCCGCACUGGAAGUGGCAUGUAGAGUCUAACAUUCUUCUUUACUUGCUUGGCAAGUGCGCACACUCGACACUGAGCGACGAUGUUCCCUACAUCACGCUUGAGGGUCGGCCAGUAGAACUGGUACUCAACUGCUACGAUGGUCUUAUUGCGACUGAAAUGGCCGAAUAGACCUCUUGUGUGACAUUUCCAAGUGAGGAAGUCACGGAGGGAUGUGCAUGGAACACACAAUCUGCUCCUAAAGAACAAACAUCUGUUGACCACAAGGAAGUCCUUAUGAUCUCGGGAUGGACCAUCCAAGAGUGCUCGUAGAACGUGGCCGAAGUCCGGGCAAUCUGCAUAAGAAUUCGGUAGGGACUCAAAUCCUAUCACCUGAACCUUCACGAGGUUCAGCAAGUAGACUCGUCGACUGAGGCAUUUGCCAUCACGUUCUCCUUGCCCUUCUUGUGGCGAAGGAUGAAGGUGAAGUCCUACAAGUACUCGACCCAUUGUGCGUGUUGAUUGCUCAACUUCCACUGAAAGUGCAGAUACUUCAAGGCCUCAUGGUUCGAGAAGAGCACAAACUCCUUAUAAAGGAGGUAAUGACGCCAGUGUUUGAGAGCCUAAAUGUCGGCAUAGAACUCACGAUCGUAAGUGGAGUAUCUAAGUCUCACGUCAUUUAGCUUCUCACUGAAGUACACUAUGGGAUUGCCUUCCUAGCUAAGGACACCCCUAAUACUGACACCCGAGGCGUCACAGGCGACCUCAAAUACCUUGCCAAAAGUCGGGUAGGCGAAGUAUCGGUGCCUAAGUGAUAAGAGCCUUCACUCGAUCGAAGGCCUGUUCAGCUGCCUCUGUCCAAAGGAAGGUCUCCUUCUUGAGGCAAUCAGUAAGUAGAGCGGUAACAGAACUAAAGUCCCAAAUGAAGCAACGGUAGAAUGUCGCUAGUCCAAUGAAGCUCCGGAUGUUGUGCAUGCUACAUGGCCGUGGCCAGGUGACUAUCGCGCGGACCUUUUCGGGGUCUGUGGAAACUCCUCACUUAGAGACGACAAAACCAAGGAACGUAACCUCAGAAGUGAAGAAACUACACUUCUUAGGAUGGGCAUAAAGCUUCUCCUAUCAAAGUGCCUCAAACACCUAUCAUAAGUGCUGGAGUGGGAAUCUCGGGUACCGCUGUAGAUCAAGAUGUUGUUGAAGUAUACUACAAUGAACUUGCCAAUGAAUGGGUGUAAAACCUCGUUCAUUAGCCUCUAGAAUGUACUGGGCGCGUUGGAGAGGCCAAAUGGCAUGACCCUCCACUCGUACAGGCCCUCCUUGAUCUUGAAGGUGGUCUUCCACUCGUCCCCUAGACGUAUCAUGACCUAAUGAUAACCAUUGCGUAGAUCUAUCUUUGAAAAGAUAGUGGCUUCUAUCAUCAUGUCAAAUAAGUCCUAUAAUCGCGGGAUCAGAAAACGGUAUUUAACCGUUAUCCUAUUGAUCACGCGACUGUUGCAGCACAUGCGCCAAGUGCCAUCCUUCUUCGGCGCUAGUAAUGCAAGCACGGCAUAGGGACUAAGGCUCAGUUGGAUGAGUCCCUUGUCCAAAAGCUCUUGUACCUAUCAGCUAAGCUCCUCAUACUUGGCCAACUCCAUGCGAUAGUGCGGCAGGUUUGGGAGUGAUGCUCCGAGAACCAAGUCGAUAGCAUGCUGAAUGUGCCUCAAUGGAGGCAGCUCUCUGGAAAGCUCCUCUAUGAGUACAUCGGCGUACUCCGAUAAUAUACAUUCGACUUCUGGAGAAGGCGGGGUAAGGGUCGUGUCGUCUCGCGUAUCCAAAGUGAGAGCGAAGCACGUCAGGGAUCCAUCUAUGUCCGACGUGAUCUCGUGCUGAAAGGCAAGUCCCUUCAUCACGAUUAACCCAAUAUGUGACUUAGGGUCACGCUUCGGCGCAGGCUUGUUGAUAUGCGGAUACCAAACAAGUCGGCGAUCUCGAUACAUGAAAGAGCAAGUGUUUGAUGCCAUCGAUUUUCAUCAGAAGGACAUCACACAAGAUGUGCUCAUCAUAGGUGCUCACCCUAAGUGGCACUUGGCACUGUCAACAAAUGGGUAGUGCGGUGGCGUCUAUCCACAAUACGUCGUAAGGGGCUGGAUGAUUGAUAGUACUCAGCCCUGCCCUCUAGAAGACUUAGUCUGACACGGCAUUGACGCAACUGCCACUGUCCACGAUCACCUUGCACGCGUGUCCGUUGAUCUUCACAUAGGUGUAGAAGAUCGACGUGCGAAAGGAAUCGUCUGUCGUAGGCAAAGAUGUGGGCAUAGUCGUCCUCGGUGCCGAGGUGAUCUCUCUAGCUGCCGUGGUGUCAGGCUGUGGUGCAGGAACCGCGUCUCGAGAUGGACACUGGACAGCGAUGCUGACCAAUCUCCUCAAUGAAGUGCUCGUCAAUGAGGUAGCGAGAGAGGCAGCCUCAGUUGCUGGUGCGGUGGCUGGCCGGAUCUGGAUGUAGCCAAUUAAAUUAGGAGUGUCAUCACACUCCUCGGCCAAACCCUCGUUAGCAAUGUAGACAUCAUCGCCUACAGGGACGUCAUCCUCAUGUGAACCUCUACCCAAUUCUUCGAUCUCUAUGAGGAGAUUUAAAGAUGGGCAUUGGCUCAUCCGGUGCACCUUACCCUUACACUUGCAACAAGUGAUAUGGGCUUGGGACGCGGCCGUAGCACGAUCGGAUGCGUCAGCUGGUGGCGGACGUGGGGGUGGUGCAGACCCUACUGAUGUCGCCGGUGUAGUCUGUCCGUUCCCUACGCUAGUACGCAUCGGUGCUGUCAUCGGUGUCUGUGCAGAUCGCGUGGACGCGAUCUUCGUGGUGAUCGGAGGUGGGGUGAACUAUGUGUCUUCGGCGGGUCGCUCCAUAUGCUCUACUAUGCGAUAGGCCUCAUCUACUUCAAACGGGUUGCCUUUCAGCACCUUGUUCCGAAGCUGCGAACUAAGUCCGUCGGUGAAAAUGCCCAAAACCACACGUGAAUCCUCGACAAAGCAUUACCUCAUGCGGCACUCCUCAAAAGCCUGAAUAUAGUCUCGGAUAGGCAUCUUGCCCUAUCGGAGGUCUAACCAAUUGAGGAACAGCAUCGACUCGUAUUGUCGAGGAACAUACUUGUUCCUCAAGCGUGAUGUCAUAUCAACCCAUGGUGUGAUGGGCUGCCCUUGUCAGUGUGCCGUGUAGCUCUUGUUUUCUCAAAAGAUCUUGGCCUGUCUGCCAAGUCUCAGCUCCGCAUACUCCACGCAUAAAUCAUCAUCCAUGUGGUACCACCGGAAAUAGGAGUUCAUACUAGACUCCCAAUCUAUGAAGUCCUUGGACUCACAGGAGCCAUCAAAGACUGCCACAUUGGCUCGUACACUUUUCAGUAUGCGGGCCCUGUGAUCCUCACGUCGCCUAUCCCGAUCAUCCAAUCGAUCGGCCCUAUGGUCACCACUAAAGUCACGGUGGGGAGGACUUGAGUAACGCCCUUGAUUGUAGUAACGAUCUUGGUGGGCAUCCUAGGGUGCUCAGUGAAAGUUCGGAGCACGCUGGUAGUUGCGGUAGGAAUCAUUGCGAUCUCGUGGCUGACACUCUGCUUGCUGAUCGAGCUCCUCUCGUCAGGAAGGGUCAGCUCUGUAACUUGGAAGGUCUCUCUUGUCGUGUCCUUGGUCGCGUCUGUGGGGUCAAUAGUCCUCGUAGUGGGGUCGGGUGGCGGUGGUGGUGGACGUGGGAGAUCGUCCUUACGAGCAAGGUAGACCGGCUCGUGGUGAUCAUAAGUAUCUUGUGGCCAACGACCGCCCAAUCAAUCGUGGCCAUCGUCGUGAUGUGGUGCGUUGCAGUGACGAAGAUUUCCUCGACGAUGAUCGUGAUCGAGGUACUGGUGAUCAUAUGGAUCACUAUUGGGGCUCAUAGGCCGGCGGGGCUCGCGAUGCUCUUGAUAUGCCUAUGUAAUAGGGGGUGCGGUCAGUGGUGCGACCGGAUACGCAACCAGCAGUGGAGCCGGUGGCGGUGGGCCAUGAGCUGCGGCUACAAAGGUAGCUCGCUCCAGAUGUUCAAUAGCCUAGGUCAUGCUACACAUGACAUCAUCUGGAAGGGAGCGCGCUCCAUCCCUCGAAGGGUACCGGGGCGAAGGUUGCCAUCGGCCACCUCUACCACGACCCCUAGUACUCUUCGGUGGAUAGUAGGGCACGGAUUCCUUCCCAGCUCGGCGGCUCAUAGCCGCAGGCGGCUGGGACCGCCCUGAUGCCUCUCCGGCCGACAUAGCGCUCAGAGUCUCCCGGGGUCGGGAGGGGUCUGGUACCAAAUCCGUCGAUCUCGACGAAGAUGGUGGACUCGUGUCCACUCUAGCUACUCAGAGAGUAGCGGGAUCUAAGGCUUCAUACGAGUGCCGUGAUGAUGGUUGACGUGACUUAGUCGUUGUAUAUUAAAUCACGCAAAUAUAAAAUUUAUAAAACUAGAAAAUACGAAUUUUCAGAUAUUUAGAAGUAUUUCUGAAGAAAUAUAUCAAUUAUAAUUCAAUAAAACUUCCAAAAAUAGUAGUAAUUUUCCAAGUCGAUCACAAGGAUUUAAUAUAAUAUAUGGUAAUUAUUCAGAAUUUUUCUCAAUGAAUACGAUUUUCUAUGAAUUGUAUACUAGGAAAUGAAAAGGAAAUAUAUUUAAAAUUCACGAAAAAGGGAAAUAAGGGUGCGGACGUCAGGAUGACGUCAGCGCCCGGCGAACGCGAAUCGGGCAGAAAUAGAGUUCCGCUCGGCAAUUCUUACGUAAGCGAUUAUAGAUGAUUUAAUUAAUCAAAUUAAGAUCUAUAAAAGCUGGAAGAAUCGUAAUAGAACAAAGUAUAUUUUGGUAAAUUAAAAUCACAAAAAAUAUCACUAAAUGAAGUGUAAAGUAAGUUGGAAGUAGGAAAACAGAGUUCCGGCAUCACGACGGCAAUGCGUCGGCGAUGCACCGGAAUUCUGAGUGUUCGGGAGGAUUGUCGUGCAGUGUCCACGGCCUCGAAGGCUCUCCUUAGACAAGGACGACGUGGGCAAUCUCAAGAUCUUCUCGUAAAGUCUAGAGAUUAAUGAAAUGGGUCGUUGAGUCGUCUCCGGCGGCUGUCACCCGGCAGAGCGGAAAAACGGCGACUUUGCGGCUCUCCUGCGGCUGUCACCCGACGGAAAGGAGCUGGAUGGAGGUGGGGCGCAUGUCAGGGAGCUUCAUCCUCAAGUCCGCGCAGCAAGAGGAGGCUCUUCAUCGCAUCUGGUACGCUCUCAGGAGGUGGCGACUCGUCUCCCGGCAGAUCGUCCUCUUCCCGACGACGGCUUGUUCGUCGAUCAAUCAGAGAUGAUUUACUCGAUGGAUUCGCGAUCCUUUUAUUGCGAAUCGUUCAGCAAUUUUAGUAGCAAUGCUCCGUGAAUCGCAUUGACGAGAUUUUCGCCGAUGAUCUAGCGAUUCUGGUUGCUUAAUCCUUCACCAGCGAUCUGCAGGAAACUCGCGAUAAUCAGAUAAAAAGAUAUGAAUUUUGACUCUAGGAGGAUUCGAACCCGUGCCGGUUGUCCGCCCCUUUUGAGGAAGGUGUGACGUGGGUUUAGUCCCACAUCGGUUGUGCGCCGAUUUUUCAGGCGAAUAAAUAGUAAUGUUAGCUUUUUAAGCAAAGUCCCUUCUCUCGUGUGUACGACCACUCCUUGCCCCACAGCUGGUUAGCCACCGGUGACGUGGAAGGGGAGUGGCGCACAUGUGCCCCUAUCGGUCCAAGCCGCUCGAGCCCCUACUCGCGGCUACUCCCCGACUGAGCUUCCGACCCGCUUGCGGGCCCGGCUAGCCGGCGGGUCCCCCCAUUUUGCAAUAUUUUAG